AUGGAGCUGCUGGAAAUCAUUACUCUUGCUCUUAUGAUUUGUGUCGCUUUCCUGGGUUUCCUUUUUGUGUGGAAGAAAAGUCACAAAAGGGGAAAGCUCCCCCCCGGUCCAGCUCCCCUUCCCAUCAUUGGGAAUCUGAUGCAACUAAAUAUCAAAGACGUCCCUGCAUCUCUCUCCAAGUUGGCUAAACAGUAUGGCCCUGUUUAUACUCUGCACAUUGGACCUCAGCUCACCGUGGUCUUACAUGGAUACGAGGCAGUGAAGGAAGCUCUGAUUGAUCAAGGUGACAAAUUCCUUGGCAGAGGAACUAUACCAAUUGUUGACAAUAUCUUGAAAGGAUAUGGAAUCGUUUUCAGUAACGGAGACAAGUGGAAGCAAAUGCGGUGCUUCUCCCUCAUGACCCUGAGGAACUUUGGGAUGGGGAAAAGAAGUCUCGAGGAGAGGGUCCAGGAGGAAGCCCAGUUUCUGGUGGAGGAGCUCAGGAAAAUGGAGGCUCAGCCCUUUGACCCUACCUUCAUCAUCUCCUGUGCUCCCUGCGACAUAAUCUGCUCCAUCCUCUUCAAUGAGCAUUUCCACUACAAGAACAAGACACUACUCUUCCUAAUGGGUCUGAUAAAUGAAAACUUUAAUCAAGUAAACUCUCUCUGGAGCCAGAUUUACAAUCUAUGGCCAAACUUCAUAAAGCAUCUCCCUGGAAAGCACAGAACAUUUUUUAAAAGGGUUAAGGAUAUUCAGUAUUUUAUUCUGGAAAAAGUGAAGGAGCAUCAAAAGUCCCUGGAUCCUAAUAACCCUCGAGACUACAUUGACUGUUUCCUCAGCAAGAUGGAGCAGGAGAAACAGAACCCAAAGUCUGAAUUUCACUUGGAGAAUUUGACAAUCUGUGGAUCAAAUCUGUUUGUAGCAGGAAUAGAGACAACCGCAAGCACCAUGAGAUACAGGUUCCUGCUCCUAAUGAAACACCCGGAAGUUCAAGCCAAAGUUCAUGAAGAAAUUGAUCGUGUGAUUGGACGCAACCAACGCCCCUCCAUGAAGGACAAGAUGAAGCUGCCCUAUACAGAGGCCAUGGUGCAUGAGAUACAAAGAUACAUCACCCUCCUUCCUUCUAACUUACCCCAUACCGUGGUCCAGGACACGAAGUUCAGACAAUACAUCAUCCCCAAGGGCACCACUAUAUUGCCAUUACUGUCUUCGGUCUUGUACGAUUGCAAGGAGUUUCCCAACCCAGAGAAGUUUGACCCAAACCACUUUUUGGAUAAAAAUGGCGGCUUCAGGAAAGUGCCUUUUUCCAUUGGGAAACGGGCCUGCGCUGUAGAGGGCCUGGCCCGCAUGGCCAUUCUCUUUCUCACCACCAUUCUGCAGAACUUUGUCCUGAAGCCCCUGGUAGACCCAAAGGAAACAGAGACCAAACCCAUUGUUACUGGGCUUUUCAACUUGCCACCACCCUAUAAGAUGUGCCUUAUCCCUAGAUAAAAGAAGAAAUUUUCUCUUUUAAUAAUUUAAACCAAAGUAAUUAAUUUUUCCUCUUACUCCCUCUUUCACCCUCUCUUCGUUUUAAAUACUGCCUAGGAUGGAAACACUACUUACUAAAAGUUUGAUAGACAUUAAGUCUAAAAAUUCCUUGACAAAAAGGAGCUGGAUCCUGAAAACUCCAAGGGUACAAACAGUACACUUAUACUCUUUACAGUGCUUUAUAAACCAUGGUUCAGCAGAACCAAGACUAUACCGACAGAAGGCCUCUAUUGGGACAAUCAGCAAAUAGUGAAAUAGAUUUCACUCUGUCUGUGGCUUUGAAGAUAAGCUGAUUUUCUAUAGUUUUGCAAAAUAGCGAAACUAAUAUAAUGAUCUAUAUAUAUUUUUUCCAAUUUCCAAUUGAAAGCACUUCUAUGAUUUAUUCACAAAAUAAAUUAUUUUUUUCCACAG